CCUACGCACAGGUCUCAGCUGAGUUGCACUGCCAAUGCUUUGUGCACUAAUCUUGCUUAUGAAAAUAAUUUGCUGACAGUCAAGAGUGUUACUGUGUGAGCGCACAACAGAAACGAGGCACUUUUUCAACCAUUUGCUUGUGCAUUGAUGGCGUGAAUCAUAACAAAUGAUCUUAGGAGUUCCUUUUAUUACUUUUUGACUCUAAUGAAACUUGUCCGACUCAACAGGCAGUUGCCUUUAUAGUGGCUUGAUUGUCCACAAACCUCAUCUAAAGUGUUUUGCCUGCUUGUUAAGGAUGAACGUCACAUUCUUUAACCACACUGUCUUUACGCGCGGAGCUUUGCUCAACCGCAGUCAAGAACUGGCGGGGACACUGGUUGAUUGCUGCACGGGUAACGCGAGCGAAGUGACGGCGAACGACGGUAGCGGGUCUUUAGUUCUCGCGCAAGAUGAGCGCAAGAUGUUCGUGACGCGCGUGGUGCAGAUCGCGGUGCUGUGUGUCCUGUCGCUCACGGUGAUGUUCGGGAUCUUUUUCCUUGGUUGCAACCUCAUGAUCAAGUCCGAAAGUAUGAUCAACUUUCUGGUCAAGGAACGGAGACCAUCCAAAGACGUCGAGGCGGUGAUGAUCGGACUGAGUUAGUCACGAGUGUCACCUGAAAUGGGGCUGCAGGACCGAAUGCCAGGUAGCUACAUGAUGGCGAGUGGCACCCAAUUGUUCUCAGAUUGUUGGGCACGAAGAUAUGCAACUUAUAUUUUUACUCCCUUUUGUUCUACGAAGAAAAACGUUUUCAAAGAUAUUGAAAUGUUACGAAAAGUUGCACGUUUACGAAAUGCGAAUGUAUUGUUUAUUCAUGUUUACGUAGCUCUUUGUAUUAAAGAUAAUUUUGCGUGUGCAUUACGAUUGACAAUAUUGAAUUUACAGUUAAGUGUUUAGACGUUUUUACCUCAGAUUAAAGCAGAGUAUGUAAUUAUGUUAGUACAAGACAAUUUUUGUGAACGGUUACUUUUUUUUUUUUUUUGCACCUUGCAUCGCAAGUGUUUUUACCUUGAAGAUGUCCGAAUGUAUUUUUCUUCGAGUUUAACUUGUGACCGAGGGCACGCGAGGGGGAGAACAGCUAAUCUGCACGUUUUUUUUUUUUUUUUUUUUUUUUUUUUAAUGACUCGGGGUGACAUCUCUCCCCUCAGCAUGCGCGAUGCUCGGUGUGUCCAGCACUUUCUAUAUAUGACCUCAAUGCUGCAUGGAGUAUUUUGUAAACA